AUGAGCUCCGAAGACAACAACAACACCACCACCGUCGCCAGCUUCGGCAAGACGGCCGGUGGUAACUCGGCAUACACCAACUUUAAUAACCAGUUUGCCCACGUCGAGUCGUUGAAUGAGCGCAGACGACUGGCUCUCGCCGAGAUUGACAAGGCCCCCUUUGGAUGGUACCAUGUCCGCGCCUGUGUGGUUGCCGGUGUCGGCUUCUUCACUGACUCGUACGACAUCUUCACGGCCUCCAUGCUGACCAUUAUGCUGGGUAUCGUCUACUACCCGGGCACUGGCAAGAUGCCCGCCUCGUCGGACAAUGCCAUCAAGCUGGCCACCUCGGCCGGCACCGUCGUUGGUCAGCUUGGCUUUGGUGCGCUGGCCGAUAUUGUCGGCCGUAAGCGCAUGUAUGGUCUGGAACUCAUCAUCAUCAUCUUUGCUUCUCUUGCCCAGUCCCUGACUGCUGCCGGUCCUGCUGUCCACAUUGUCGGCCUCAUCAUCUUCUGGCGUGUCAUCAUGGGAAUUGGUAUCGGUGGUGAUUACCCCCUCUCUUCCAUUAUUACCUCUGAGUUCGCCACCACCAAGUGGCGCGGUGCCAUGAUGGGUGCCGUCUUUGCCAUGCAGGGUUUCGGCCAGCUCGGCGCUGCGCUUGUCAUGCUCUUCGUCACUCUCGGCUUCAAGAAUGCUCUCGAGGGCGCCAAGGACGUCGCUCACUGCACCGGUGACUGCCAGGUCGCUGUCGACAAGAUGUGGCGAACCCUCAUCGGAUGCGGUGUUGUUCCUGCCUGCAUCGCCCUUUACUACCGUCUUACCAUCCCCGAGACUCCCCGUUACACCUUCGAUGUUGCUCGCGAUGUCGAGCAGGCCGAUAACGAUGUCAAGGCUUAUAUCAACGGCAAGUCCGAGGGCGAGACCGACCAGGUAGUCCGCGCCGAGGCCCACAAGCAGGCUGACAAGGGCCUCGAGGUCCCCAAGGCCAGCUUCCGCGACUUCUGCCGCCACUACAGCAAGCGCAAGAACUUUCUCCUCCUUCUUGGAACUGCUGGCUCUUGGUUCUGCCUUGAUGUCGCCUUUUACGGUCUCUCCCUCAACAACGGCACCAUUCUCGAGGCUAUUGGCUACUCUACCGCCUCCGGCCAUGUCAAGAAUGUGUACGAGCUUCUCUACAACACCGCCGUCGGCAACGUCAUCAUUGUCCUUGCUGGUGCCGUCCCCGGUUACUGGGUCACGGUUGCCACGGUUGAUACUCUCGGUCGUCGUCCCAUCCAGAUGGCUGGCUUCAUCAUCCUCACCAUUCUCUUCAUCGUCAUGGGCUUUGCCUACCACCACCUCCCUCCCAAUGGCCUCCUCGCCAUCUACGUCAUUGCCCAGUUCUUCUUCAACUUUGGCCCCAACGCCACCACCUUCAUUGUCCCCGGUGAGGUCUUCCCGACUCGCUACCGUUCCACCUCGCACGGUAUCUCUGCCGCAUCGGGCAAGAUCGGCUCCAUCAUCGGCCAGGGUGCCAUUGCAAGCCUCCGCACCCGUGGUGCCACCAAGACCAACGCCUCUCCUUGGCUCGACCACGUUCUGGAAAUCUUUGCUCUCUUCAUGCUUCUCGGCUGUGCCACCACUCUUCUCAUUCCCGAGACGGCCCGCAAGACCCUGGAAGAGCUCUCUGGCGAGGAUGACUACGCCAAUCACCCUCGUGAUAUCGAGGCUCCGGCCGAGACCAAGCCUGUCUCUGUUUAA